AUGGCGAUGGCUCUCCCGACCUCCGAGGGUGGCUCUCGACGCCGGUCAUCGCGUGAUGCAUCUGUGGUGGCCGGUGAGGGGUGCUCUUCUGUUCUGGCCGCCCGUCUUCCGGUUUUUCUGACCAACCGCCCGCCCACGAACCCGAUGCAGAUGACGCCGCCAGAGAGGAAACCGAUGCCGCAAGAGAUGGAACGCGAUGCAUAUACACAUUGUCGAUGCAAGAUGGUGGAUGCUGCAAGCAAGAUGGUGGUGGAUCCAUGGUGGUUGAUGGUGAUGCUGCAAGCAAGAUGUGCCGGAAAAGACAUGCGGGCGACACCCAUCGGCGGCGCGCAGGGCACCCAGCAACUCGCCAUCGCCCACCGUGGGCCUUGGUCCAACACCCUCGACCGACCACCGGGCGCGUCUCCCGGAAAAGACACCCGCUCGACCACGCCGUCGCCUCGCGCUACGCCCGCCCACCGACGCCCAUCGACUCGCACCGCCGCCUUUUCCUCGCCAAACUCGAACAAAGUUUGCAUUUUCCGGAAAAAUCACCCGCUCGACGCCAAACCUGCACCCAGCAGCCAACGUGGCGGCCCCGUCAACUUCCCGGCUCCGGGGCAAACGCCGCAAACUCCACAGAUGGGCCGGCGCCAAUACCAUCCGCGUGUAAAGGUAUAUAGAACGGCAUGUCGAGCUGGUGAUACUCCCAAAGCAUCUCUACCUGGCGACACUCAGGCAGCAUCUCUUCUACCUGAUGAUACUCCCAAAGCAUCUCUUCUACCUGACGACACUCGGGCACCAGCUCCUCCACCAGAUGUGACUCCUGGAAGAGCUCCUCCACCAGAUGCGACUCCUGGAAGAGCUCGUCCACCUGAUGCGACUCCCACGGCAGCUCCUCCACCUGACGAUAUCCGUUCAGCAGCUCCUCCACCCGAUGCGAGUCCCACGGCAGCUCCAGAUGUGAACCUGAAGGUCGCAAAAAUGUCAUGGGUUGGGGAGCCGUCUCGGGUGGAAGAUUCUGGGCUGCUCGGCGCGCCCGUGCUUUACGGCAGUGGUACCUUUGGUGCCGGUCUCUCGUCGCGGCCCGACUGA